UGGGCAUUCGAUAUACCUUUUUGUGUUUCUACUGGAUAAAGGGGUUCCACAUCGGCGUAAUUGUAUUCAAAUUUCAAAGUGGUCUUCUCGGUCAUACUCACCGCAUGACACAUAAUCUUGUGGCGCAAGCCAUUACCUGCAUGGCUAUCGGCGCUUAGUGUCACAUUCAUCGCACUGCCUAGUACGACUUUCCGCAGACGACAGUGAGCUUCACCCUGCGAGUCACACCCAUCGCAGUGUCCACGUCGAUUACUAGCGAUGGAGAUAGUUGCAUCCACACCUGUAAACGCAGCCUCUGCUGUCAUCGCUCUGAACAAAGCGGCUUGGACAUUAUCAGUAUCCCUUUCCGAACUCGACAAGGACGCAAAGCUCGGCAAUGCAUCCCUCGAAAACCUCACAGGUGAAGUCAAAUCUCUCGGUAAUGAAUGUUACCAAAUACACCUCAAGUUGGUAGAAGUCGCAAGCAAGACAAAGAUAGGGUCACCCCCACCCUACGAUGGCGACGACAGGAUGUGGACUUGUCUUACAACUCAGGUGGAAGACGCGAGCCAGACAAUACAUGGCCUGGAGUCAUUCGUCAAGAGCAUCAGGUUGGAGGAGGCUGAGGAGGCCAGUCUCGUGUUCCGGCCGCAGCGCCUGGUGCAGCUAAAUAAGAGCAAGGAUCAAAUUGAGGAGAUGGUAGCGAAUGUACGCAGACAUAGUGACAACCUGAGGACUACGCUGCUCCUGGUUCACACUGUACUUGCCCAUCUUGUAUCUGUCCGUCCCGGGCGACCACCUGCAUCCGACGUUGUGGAGCUGCAACACAUGGUGACCAAGCUGCAACGCUCAUCUCGGAUCGGUCCAACUUGGCGAUAUUCCCAUACAGAAGCUACAUUGAUGCAGUACGCGCAAGAAGUUAUCGUCAAAGAGAUGAAAAUUUGCGAGCGAAAUCCAACUGUAAACCGGACCGUUCAGGCUUUACAUAUCGAAAGUAACGAUGACCGUGUCCCACAAUGGGCGAAAGCCAUACAAGCGAUACGAGAAGAUCAGCAAGAAUCAAGGGUCUCUUCUGUAGUUCCUGCAAUCUCUCCAAAGAGCCCUGGAAGGACGUAUAGUGUCCUGAGAAGUCUGUCGCCGAUCCAAAACAUGCAACAACAUGAAGCGUCCGACUCGGAUGAUGAUCUGGAUACCGACUUCGCCAAAGCGGCAUUGAGCACUGGCUCCCAAGCGUUCGACGCCGGUAUAUAUGAAGAGGCAGACUCUCUGCUUCAAGAAGCGCUAAGGAUAUUGCUAUUGCUGCAAAAGCGAAGGCGAGCUUUCUGCGACGUCUUCAGUCUGCACUAUAAGCUUGCAGUUUGUGCGUACCACGUUCAGGGACCGGCAGAUGCCGAAAAGGCUUUGACUGGAUUCGUUGAACAAUCAGCGAACUCUGAUACAGAACGUGAAUGGAUUCACAAUGCAACUCACCUGUUAGCUCAGCUGUACGUCCGCAUGAAUUUUCUUGACCGCGCACGGAUCGAAUGCGAGAAGACCUUGCAAGCACGGCGACGGCUACAAGGAAAACAAAGUGCCGCCUCUUUAGAAUCGAUGGCGCUCAUGGCCCACAUCUAUGUUUUGCUUGACAACCGUGCGCUUGCAAAAUCGUGUCUUGCUAUGAUACCAGAGGCCAACCGGGAGACCGUGUUGAGAGUGGUCGAAGAAUCACUUGGGAAGAAUGUAGAGCACCUAGAUUUCGCCUCACUGCUCUCACGAGUGAGACCUGUCGAUGCCGAUACGAUUGCGGAGCGAGCCCAUAGCAGCAGACUCUCUACAACAACCUUAGAGUCAUCCUUGGAUCACAAUGGCAGCGACUCGGCGUCCGUGAUGACGAAGUCACACGUAGCUGACCCUUGGCAUACACCUCGAAGUAUUGCAUCCGAGAACGUUACCUUGUCGGAUUCGAGUCCUCUUAUAAAGAAAUCGCACCCUUCUGUAUCGAGUAAAACAGAGCGGGGGUUCUCAAAAGAUGAAAGCCAAGUACGAGAUUACUCUCCUAGCAUGAGGAAAGCAGACGUAACGGUUGCGAGCUCAUCUGAACCCGAGUACAAAGGGGAAAACAAGGCGAAGCCGCUCUCCCGUAAAGAGAUACUCAACAAAGUUGGCUGUCAACCCCGAGACCGAGCUGAGGAGGCUGUUUGCGAUGGAGAUUACGGAGCUCUGAUGACUACACUGAAUAAGAAGAAAGGUUUCUGGCGGUCAAAUAUGCGUAAGCGUGGCCGCACAGAGCGUGUGACAGCACUGCACUUUGCCGCUCUAUUUGGUGAAGUUGACAUGGCGCGGGCCCUGAUACAGGCAGGUUUCGGCGUCAACGAAGUCCCUUUCGGCUAUUCGACGACUCUGACACCCUUAAAUUUUGCCAUCGGCGCCCGGCAGGUGAUCAUGGUCGACCUGCUCACUAUGAAUGGUGCGGUACCAGCUUCACCAGACACAUGGUCGACAUUGGCAGGACAGCUGAUGAGCCGGUCAUGGCUGAUGAAAACGAUGUCGGAGGCUGAAAAGCACCUGGUCCCAAAACGGAUUACUGAGAUUAUGGAUAUUCUACUUCACCGCGGAUGGGAUAUCAAUGCCCCAAUAACGGCAUCUGGAAGGACUGUCUUGCACCAAGCGGUAUGUUUUUGGACCGGGGCAUACAAAUGGGAUUUGAGUCUUCGCGCUGCGGUAACUUCAUUCCUAUGCGAGAGAGGCGCAAAUCCAUUUCAGGCGAACUCAGAAGGCAAGACCCCUUAUGAUAUUGCGUCCGCCUCUGAACACCAGGACCUCAUGGUGAUCAUCGAAGACCACUCCAGACAGAAAAGGCUCUUAGGCACACCUGCGAUGCCAGUUGAACUGCCCGGUCAGUUCCAUUGACAUCGCUGAUGCGCUUUUAAAUUGGGUCUCCUGGAGUACAUCGGCUCACACAAGCCGCUGAAACCUGCGGAACAGACGGUCUGGGAUAGACGAAAUCUGAUUUGAUCAGCGUCAUGAAGCCUUGCUGGAAGCGACACACAUUAGGAACAGAAAUGGCCGGCAUACAACGAUGAAGUCGGUCUGUAGCUCAUAGAUGCGCUAUGAACGCGAGAGCAUGUCCUCGUGAAUUCGCCUAUGUACUUGGAUGCGACAAUGGAGAAGGCUUCUACAAAGGCUAUCGCACCUUUGAAUAGACAUGUAAUGUGUCUGCAAGGCGUAUACAAUAAUGCAGGAAGCUAGAGUCCACUAGAAGAAUUAACUGCGAAUGCCUCCCAGCUGGCUGGUGGUAGUAACAAAGAAUC